UAUUAAAAUGGUACAGAUGGCGGUGAAGUUCUCUUACGUUUGCUCAUUUUUUUUUAAAGAGCACGUUAUAUGGUGAUUACAUGGUUAGGAUUCGAGAAAAAUAUUUAUUAUAAAUUGAACACGAUUUGUUAAGUACGUGCAUAAACCGACUGCAAUUUGUAUGUAGAGUACAUUUGCGCUAACAUGUUUAAAUAAAUGGUCUAAUAAAAAAAUUUUGAGAAUUUUUCUUUAGAAGAUGAAGAGAGAAUUUGAUGAUAAUUUUACCACUGGUAAAACUACCACUGGUAUCAGGCAGAAAUGGUACGAAGAGUAUCCCAAAGCAGAAAGACCUUGCAAACAUUCCAAAUCUGAAGCUGACAUUUUGUACUUAAGGGAUGACGCAAAAAAGUGUCUGGAUGCGGAAACUGCUGCCUUUCAAUUGAAACAAUCUAAAUUAUACAAUUCGGAGACAAAAUGGUUGAAAACUGCAUUGCAACGGGGUACCACUUCGGAUAAGGUAGCAGCCAGUAUAGUGCUGGUGCAAGAUAAUCCGAAAUAUAAUCUGAGCCGUCUGGUAUCUUUGAUAUCCCAAGUGCGAGGCGCCAAGCACAAUCAGUGUGGUAUGAUUAUCAUGUCAUUGAAAGAACUUUUUCUGACUGACCUGUUGCACCCUCAGUUCAAGUUGUUGAAAUUGGAAGAACAGGAUUUGGAUGGACUCAAUAUAGAGAAUGAAGGAAAUUCUAUUGUCAAAACGAACGCUGCUAAAAAUAGAUUAUUGGCGCACUGGUACUUUGAGGAUCAAUUACGCGAGCAGUACGAACAUUUUGUUCAGAACCUGUCUGCUGUGGCCUCUGAUACGGUUGAUACAAAUCGUGAGAAAGCCAUAUCUGCGAUGACUGAUCUGUUGGUAGGUAAUGCUGAGCAGGAGCACAAGCUGCUAGAAUUACUUGUGAAUAAAAUCGGCGAUCCGAACAAUAAGGUUGGCUCUAAAGCUGUAUUCUGCAUCAAUAAACUAUUGAACGAGCAUCCGAAUAUGAAGCUUGUAGUUCUGCGCGAAGUCGAGAAACUGCUGUUUAGAAAAAAUGUGAGCCAACGUACUCAGUAUUAUGCUAUAUGCCUGCUGGCACAGUAUGUCUUGAAUAAAAACGACGAGGAGGUAGCUGCUACACUGAUAGAAGUGUACUUUGCAUUUUUCAAAGCAUGUUUAAAGAAAGGGGAACCUGACAGUAGAAUGAUGGCAGCGAUUCUAAUGGGCGUUAAUCGAGCGUAUCCUUUUGCCAAGAUAGACUCGAAGAUAUUAAAUGAGCAUAUUGACUCGAUCUACAAAGUAGUGCACCUUGGCUCAUUUAAUGUCUCUCUCAAUGCACUUAGCUUGCUGCAUCAAAUAACAGGUAAGGACGAAUCUCAGGCGAACCGAUUUUACUCAGCUUUUUACAAGAAGCUACUCGAUCGGCAAAUAGGAGUAGCGAAUAAACACGCGGUGUUCCUUAACUUGUUGUAUCGAGUUCUUCAGAGAGAUCAAAGUAUAUUACGUUUAUAUGCUUUUAUCAAAAGAAUCUUGCAAAUUACUUUCUACUUUCCUGCGAAUAUGGCAUGUGCUAUGUUAUACAUCGUUUCUAAGAUUCUUCAAAGCCGCCAAAAUUUGAAACAUAUAUUGCUCAAGUCACAUAAGGCUAUUAAAGUUGAAAAUGAAGUAUGCGAAGUAAACGACAAUUCGUCAGAUACGGAAGACAUUUGUGAAAUAGAAAAUGAAAACUCCAUUAUGUUAUCGAACGUUACGAUUGGUGCGGAUAUGUCGGAAACGAAACCUGAUGUGAAGAAAGAGACCGAUAUAAAAGUUGAGGCGGAAGAAAUAAAGUCAUAUGAUCCUUUUUGUCGAAAUCCCCUAUACGCGGGAGCAGUCAAGGGACUCAAUACCGAGCUCGAAGCAUUAUCUAGGCAUUUUCAUCCGAGCGUCGCUUUAUUCGCGAAUCAGAUUAUUCAAGGGAAAUCGAUUGCAUACACGGGUGAUCCCUUGGAGGAUCUGACGUUAAUUCGAUUCUUGGAUCGGUACGUUUUUAAAAAUCCAAAAAAGUUGGAAGACAAGAAGGUGCAAAAAAAGAACGACCCCCUGGCGCGACGUGCCGGAUACUCGCCUAAGGGUAUACGAGCUCUUCCGGUCGAUAGCGCGGCGUAUCUUGACGAAAGGGAAGAGCGGAUACCGGUAGACGAGUUAUUUUUAUAUCGAUAUUUGAAGCAAAAGAACGAGGUCAAGAAACGUGUCAAAAAAGAAGACGAUGACGAAGAUGAUGAAGACGCAAACAGCGUCAACAGCGAAGAAUUUAACGAUAUGUUGGAUCAUAUGGGCGCCAGUCGUAUGGACGACUUCGAUGAUUUGGACAUUGCGGCAAAUAUCAUACCUAGAAAGAAGAAAGGUAAAACAGAUGAGUCUGAUGAUGAUGAUGAAGACGAGAAUGAUGCAGAUGACGAUGAUCAAUUUGAAGAUGACGAUAUUAUCGAUGAUGCAUCUGAAGAUCUCGAUGAAGAUGUUGUGGAUGAUGACGGCGACUUGCAAGAUUUAAGCGAUAUUGAUCUUGAAGACGUAGAUGAUGAUUUAAGCGAUAUGGAGUUUAAUGAUUCUGAAGACGACGAAGUCGUAGAUAAUGAAUUGAUCUCGAGUUUGAAUAAAAAACUGAACGCGAAAGAUUCGAAGAGUAAAGAAAAGCAAAAUAAAAAAGGGAUCGAUAGCAAUAUAUUUGUAUCAGCAGAGAAGUUCGCAGAGAUGUUGGAGGAACAAAAUAAAACGAGGGGAAAGCACGGUGGUAGUAACGUCUUCAGCAGCAGCGAUGGCGCUUCCGUUAAACAAAUAGAUUGGGAAAUGAAACGACAUGAACGAAUAAAAGGAACAUUUGGAUCAUUCAAGAAUAAGCGAAAAUCUAAUCGAUCAUCUAAUAAUAAUCGUGUUAAAAGAAUCAAACGAUAA